UUAGAACGCAUGACAGUUGUCAGUGAGUCACUCUCAGGCCAAGUGCAGCACUCCAAAGCUUCUACUUUUCCAUUAUUAAUACCCAGAUACGGCGGGCGGGGAGAAAACAACAAGGAAGGGCCGAACGAGAGAGAGAGAGAGAGAGAGAGAGAAAAAGAACCAGGCCACCGUGACUCAAACCUUUGAGCAACGCAGAUGUCAGAGGGCUGCUCUCUGCAUGUGCAUCAUCAUAUGCAUCAUCAGCCGAGUGGGGGGCAUUUCCUACCUGUUAUAUAGUCCUGUGUGAAAGGAGCCAGGUCUAAUUCCUCCCUCCCGUCCAGUAUGUGCACAUCACACAACAUCUGUUUAAUGAUGUUUAAAACUUUGCAGUCAUGUUAGGCGCCGUUGCAUCACCCCCCCCCCCCCCAUCUCACCCCUUCCUGCUAAUGGCCAGUAACAGCAGGCUGAGAAGAGAAGCAGGCGCAGCAAAUUAUGACACGAGCUGCCUGUUAUUAAGACGGCCUCGCGUAUGGUGCCGAGGGGUGGGGGGGUGAGGACGAGGACGGGGUCACCCUGGGUGAUGCGGGGAAAGUGCGCUGGUGCAACAGAUGAUGUGUUUGAGUUAAGUGGCGGCAGUUCAGACUGCGGUGUCAGGUGGAGAGCGCGAGUAAACAUGAGUCAGCAGAAAGCCGGCUGGAGCAGCACUCUGAGGGUUUGCGGGAGAUCUGGAGAAACAAAGUGGCUCGUAGACGUUUACGCUGGCAGCUGAGUAAUCGGUGAUAAUGGGUUGAAAAAUAUGGGCACGGUGAAUGUUUGGCCAUAUUGAUCUAACUCAGCAGCCAUCUUGGUUGACGGGUAAUCCUCUUAUUGAACGGCUGCCGUAAUACACGGAGUGACCUACAUACAAUUUGUCUGGAGACAGAGGGUGAUGUGUGAGAGAGCAGAUAGGGUUCAUUACACACACACACACGCACACACACACACGCACACACACACACACACACUGAACGUCCUCUCCCCUCCAGCAGUCGUUACCGUGCUCGUGUUAUGCUGCAGCCCUGUGCUUAGACAGUCGGCUAAUUGCUACCAGCGGGUGAAGUGACAUCUGAAUGUCCAGGCAGCGCUCGUCCUUUGUGAUUUUCAAGUCACCGAGAGGAACCGAGAGAGACGGGCCGCUCUCAGAGCCGCGCCUCGGGGCCGGAGAGAGAAUGUAGAGACGUAGGUUUCGUGGCGUCUCAUAAACCCAUGUUUUUUUUCCCAUGAGGCAUUUGGCUCAGCGCGCCAUGCAAUGACACAAACACAGGGACACAGGAUCAGAGGCUGAGGCUAGCGUGACUAGAACUGGUGGAAAUAAAACCUCACAGCCUGCUGAUGUCUGUCUGUGCUGUUAUCAGCAUGUACGGACACACACACACACACACACACACACACACACACACACACACACACACACACACACACACACACACACACACACACACACACACACACACACACUGUGAUCCCUCCUCAUAAUCCCCUUCCACGAACUGUCCAUCAUCUGAGUGCAUGUGGACCAGGGGCACUGAAAGGACUUUUUGUUGGCUCAUCCUUUUUUUUAAGGGACCAACCGAGGGAUUUCCUGUGACUUUCAGAGUGGACACUGCUACAACAUCAAGGGAAAUCCUUGUGCACAGCCUCUCAGCAUCUCUUCUUUGUAUACAGCGCAUUGUCAUAGCAUGGAUGGACCGUACAGUCUAGUCUAUUCUGUCUUCCCUAUGAUCCGUAGUUCUUGUUCUCUGUUGCCCUUCUUCUUCUUGACUCCUACUCUGCCCUUCAUCAAUCCUUUAUUCCCUCCUCCCCUCCACCUCCCUUCAUACAGUACAUUCCUCUCAAAUCAGGUUGUGACCUUUCAUAUUUUCUUCUUCCUUCUGCUCCUCCUUCCUCGUUCGGGCCUUUGAUUGGUCCCUGAUCGAGCUGUCGGGAAAACUAACGCUGCGCUUUUGUCUCUAUUAACAUUCUUUCAAGGGAUAUCGUUCGCUCCCAAUCAGCGUUUUAGCUUAACAGUAAUCCGUGUUGCAUAACAAGUGGACCCCUCGCUAUCUCGCGCCUCGUCUCUACAGCUCACACUGAGAAAGCGCAAUUAGCUCUGGCGUGAUGGGUAAAAAACAUCAGACAAUCACAAAGACAGAGGUGCCCGGACCUAGCCUGUGUCCAGACUGUGGAGGUGGUUAAUGCCAAAGGCUAAUUGAACAGUAUGAUAACUAACAAAGAGGAAUAUUAUGCAGAUUGUUAUUGAACAGCCUGUUGUGCUUCCACUGCUCUGGGCAAGAAGAAGCUCAGAAGUACGAAGGAAAGCGGAGGAAGCUGAACGAAACGAAGCGCGUAUGAAUAAUAGCAUAUUGUUCUGUGGGUGACUGCAGGCAUCCAUUAUUCAAAAUCACACAAUUCCAUUGUUUUGUGUCGGCUCGCGUUUUGUAAUGGUCUAGUUGACAAUGGAUAUUCAGAGCAGAAUGAACGGCCUCAGUGCCUCCAGAUGUGGUUUUAUCAGACAACACCUUUAAACAUUUCACAGUAUCCUGAUAAGCAAAAGCUCCAUUUAGCCACUUUACAAAGCAUGAGAGCAUUUGAUGCUAACUUCGAACAUGAUUUUUCGAAAUCAGGCAAAAGUGAACUGUAUUAUACAUAAAUAUCCAGCAUUAUUCAAUAAUAAACCCACAAUCAAAGCUUACACAAAUGCGAAGCCACUCUGUGUGAACGUGCGCCGGGUGCUUUGUCAUUACUUUCAGAGGACGGUGCUCGUUUUGCAGCCUGAUGCCUCCUUCAGUAGCUCGCUGGACAAAGCUCCCGUCUCGCGCAUGUGGAGGGGGAUGACACAGAUAGAUGAAACAGAUAAUCCACGGGGAAACAGCAGGAGCUGUGGAGUCUGUGAGGAAUGAUGAAAACCGGUGUGCGCGAAUGCAAGCGCGGUUAAAUAUUCAUGGCUCAGACGGAUAAACGCUGCAAAUGUUCACACGUCUCACUGCCUCCCGUCCUUCCAGGGCUCCGCGGGUCGACUGAUGAGCUUCCAGUAGGACUUGAUCCAGUAGAGCCUCACCGACCGGCGCAGAGGGUCAGCAGUGCCAGACGAGAGGAUCGGAGGACAGCAGACAUAGUUUCUGAGCUGCUAGUGGUUUACUAGUGGUUAGCCUUAGCAUACUUGUGGCAGCAGGGAGGAGGAAGGAGAGCUCGGUGAUGGUCACGGCCAUGGAGGACGCCUGCCCCAACGGGGCGAGCGAGGAGGAGGUGACGCCCCAGGGACAGCCUGGCGUGGAGGAGCCCCCGGCUGCACGUUCCACCCAGGGAGCAGAUGCGUCUGGAGCCAUGCAGCAGGUGUUGGACAAUGUGGGCGAGCUGCCCACCUCCAGAGGCGCCAAAGACAUCGACCUGCUCUUCCUGCGCGGCAUCAUGGAAAGUCCCAUGGCUCACGAGCAGCUGGAGGAAGUGAAGCUGGAGGCGGUGCAGGACAACAACGUGGAGCUGGUGACGGAGAUCCUGGGCGACAUCAGCAACCUGAAGGUGAAGGACGACAGCGCGGCGGAGCUGUCCAGGAUCCUGCAGGAGCCGCACUUCCAGUGUCUUUUAGAGGCUCACGACAUGGUGGCCUCAAAGUGCUACGAAGUCCCGCCCCCAACCGAGACAACCAAUGACGCAGCGGUGAACAGCGCGCUGAUGCAGGCGGAUGCCGUGCGCAUGAUUGGGAUUCGAAAAAAGGCAGGAGAGCCACUGGGCGUGACGUUUCGCGUGGAGAAAGAUGACCUGGUCAUUGCCAGGAUCCUUCACGGCGGCAUGAUCGACAGGCAGGGCCUGCUCCACGUGGGCGACAUCAUCAAGGAGGUGAACGGGAAGGACGUGGGCAACAACCCCACCGAGCUGCAGGAGAUGCUCAAAGACUGCAGCGGGGGGAUCACGCUGAAAAUACUCCCGAGCUACCGUGACGCCCCUGCACCCCCUCAGGUGUACGUGCGGCCGUACUUUGACUACAAUCCUGCCAACGACAACCUGAUUCCCUGUCGCGAGGCGGGAAUAGCCUUCAACAAAGGCGACAUCCUCCAGAUCGUCAACAGGGAGGAUCCCAACUGGUGGCAGGCGAGUCACGUGGUCGGCGGGGCGACGGGACUGAUUCCCAGUCAGUUCCUAGAGGAGAAGAGGAAAGCCUUCGUCCCUCGAGACUUUGAUGGAUCGGGGAUCCUCUGUGGCACUAUAGCUGGAAAGAAGAAGAAGAAGAUGAUGUACCUGACGGCCAAGAAUGCAGAGUUCGACAGACACGAGCUGCAGAUCUAUGAGGAAGUGGCAAAGGUCCCGCCGUUCCAGAGGAAGACGCUGGUUCUGAUCGGGGCGCAGGGCGUGGGCCGGCGCAGCCUGAAGAACCGGCUCAUGGUUCUCCACCCCACCCGCUUCGGCACCACCAUACCAUUCACUUCGCGGCGGCCUCGCGACGAGGAGCUGGACGGAAACUCCUACCACUUCACCAGCAGGACGGAGAUGGAGGUGGACGUCCGGGCCGCCCGCUUCCUGGAGCACGGCGAGUACGACGGCAACCUGUACGGCACCAAGAUCGAGUCCAUCCACGAGGUGGUGGCCGCGGGGCGCACCUGCAUCCUGGACGUCAACCCGCAGGCUCUGAAGGUUCUGAAGACGGCCGAGUUCAUGCCGUACGUGGUCUUCAUCGCAGCCCCGGACUUCGACACGCUCAAGGCCAUGCACAAGGCGGUGGUGGACGCCGGCAUCACCACGAAGCAGCUCACCGACGUGGACCUGAGGAAGACGGUGGACGAGAGCGCCCGCAUCCAGCGCGCCUACGGCCACUACUUCGACCUGACCAUCGUCAACGACAACCUGGACAAGGCCUUCGAGACGUUACAGGCUGCCGUGGACAAGCUGUGCAGCGAACCCCAGUGGGUCCCGGUGAACUGGGUUUACUGAGGGCCGGCAGCGGAAGCCACGGGAGACGGAUCCGCCAGCAAGUUUCCGACCACAAAGGCCAAAGUAGAGACGACUUCUGCAAAGCAACACACAAAAAAAAAAAUACUGCUAACGACUCUCUCUCCUCUUGGGCCUAAACGCUGUGCAACUGUUUUUCUACUCAGAACUCAAAGGGAAAGAGUGCUUAUUUAUUUUAUACUUUUUAUGAAAAAUCUUUCUAUUUGAUGUGGAAUGAAAAAAACAAAAACACUCCUGGUCGUGUAAUUGGGCCCCUUUUUUCUUGCUUUUAUUUAUUGUCGUAGUUUUUAUUUUGUAGACGUCUUCCUUUGUGGAUGCCCACGACUAACGACCUCCAGCCUGUAGCUCGAAAGCGAAGACGAGUGGAUCAUCUCCGAGCCGAACGCUGUUCGAUAGCCCCGGCUGCACCUCAUCGCCUUUUCUGAGCAACCCGUGUAGCUCCGUGUUCAUUUUCACAUCCAGACCAUUAAAUCUAUUAAUGUUUUUGCAUAGCUGCCCCCAGACUUAUGACGAGCGUCUUCCACAGAAUCAAAGAAGAGGUUAAAAUUUCCUCUGCUAUAUAAAAUAAAAAAAAAUAAAUAUAUAUAUAUAUAUAUAUAUAUAUAUAUAUAUAUAAUGUGCUUUUUAUAAGAUCAAUUGUUUUGUGGAGGUUUCCUCUCUAGUUUUUCAUCUUUGUGGUGAUUCACAGAUUUCAUGGUUUUGUCUAGCUUAUUUUCAUUUAAUCGUGUUGUUGUUUUAUCUUUGUGAAUGUGGCACAAACCUGCACCGUCCUAAUGUGUUGCUGUUUGCCAAAGCCCCUGAGCGUUCUCAUGUACUGUUAAACCACUGGUGUUUCACCUACGGGCUAUACAUGUAUUAGACAUAUUACCUGAUGGUAAAUAUUUAAAUAAAGCCAACAACAGACCUUUGAACUUCAUGAGCGAUAAAUGACAAACCUGAAACUGAACCUUAUUCAUUAGAUGUAACACGUCAAUCUGUGCCACAUUUGACUGUUUUCACAUCAACCUCAUGUCUCCAAAUUUCUUUUUACAUUCUUAUCACCAAAGUUAUGAUGAAUAAAGUUCAUUAAACUUCCCAAAACA